CAGUGCUUGCAGUUUGAUUUGCUUUGCUGCCUCAAAAAAAGUUUCCCUCCAAAAACCUCGCGUCACUUUUUCUCACGCUCCUGACUCCAGAGGGCGUCCGUGGUGCGUGCCGGAUGAUGAGCCGGCGUGACAGGAUGCAGCCGCCGCCGGCGGUGACCGCGGUGCUGCUGCUGCUUCUGCUUCUGGCCGCCGCGCCGGCGACGGGGCAGAUUGCGACGUCGUGCACGGCGUCGCUGAUAACGACGUUCACGCCGUGCCUCAACUUCGUGACGGGGAGCACCAACGGCGGCGGCUCGCCGACGCAGCAGUGCUGCGGCUCGCUGGCUGAGAUGGUGCGCACGGGCGCCGACUGCGCCUGCCUCAUCCUCACCGGCAACGUGCCCUUCAGCCUCCCCAUCAACCGCACGCUCGCCAUCUCCCUCCCCAAGCUCUGCAGCUCCACCUCCGUCCCGCUCCAGUGCCGAGACACGGCGACGCAAAUCCCAGCUCCAGGACCUGUCGCGUUCGCUCCCGCGCUGCCUCCACUGCCACCGAUUCCACCGGAAUCGUCAGACUCUCCGGUGGAUCCUACGGCGACGUCUCCGGCGGUGGACUCGCCGCCCUUCUCCCAGAGGCCAGUGGUGCUGCCCAGCUCGUCAGUUAGGAGUUCUCACGCGUCCGUGGCGGCUGUCACCAUUGUACUGUCGAUAGUGGCGACCAUUUUCGUCUGAUUGGGAUGUGGUGUUGUGUAGGAUGCAUGCUGCCGCAUGCGUUGUGUUGUGUGGUUUGAGAAGGAACUGUUACAAGGGUAUUAGUAUUUCCGGGAUUUGAGUUGGCUUGUGAUCAUAAUUUUGUACAGUAUAUCAUAAAUAGCACAAUGAGAAAUCAAAACGAAAUACUUAGUCAAUGUUAUGCCUUAGAACGGACA